AUGGCGUCUCCGGGAGCGCUGGAGCCGGCGGCCAGCAGCGUGCCGGGCACCAAGGUGGAGCUCACCGUGUCCUGCCGGAACCUACUGGACAUGGACACCUUUUCCAAGUCUGACCCAGUGGUGGUCCUCUUCGUGCAGGGCUCAGGAAGCAGUGAGUGGAAGGAGUUUGGGCGCACUGAGGUGAUUGACAACACUCUGAACCCUGAUUUCGUCCGCAAGUUUGUCCUUGAUUACUACUUUGAGGAGAAGCAAAACCUCCGCUUUGAUGUCUACAACGUGGACUCCAAGACCUGCUCCAUUUUAAAGCAGAAGGACUUCCUGGGGCAAGCAUUUGUGGCACUGGGGGAGGUGAUUGGCUCCCAGCGAGGCCGCCUGGAGAGAGCCCUCACGGGGGUCCCAGGGAAGCGAUGUGGGACCAUCUUGCUGCUGGCUGAGGAGCUGAGCAACUGCCGGGACAUCGUCACCAUGCAGCUGUGUGCCAACAAGCUGGACAAGAAGGACUUUUUUGGAAAAUCUGACCCCUUCCUUGUCUUCUACCGCAGCAACGAGGAUGGCACCUUCACCAUCUGCCAUAAGACAGAGGUGGUGAAGAACACGCUCAACCCCGUGUGGCAGCCCUUCACCAUCCCCGUGCGUGCCCUCUGCAAUGGCGACUAUGACCGGACAGUGAAGAUAGAUGUGUACGACUGGGACAGGGAUGGGAGCCACGACUUCAUUGGGGAGUUUGCCACCAGCUACAGGGAGCUCUCCCGAGCACAGAGCCAGUUCACAGUGUAUGAGGUGCUGAACCCCAGGAAGAAAUGUAAGAAGAAGAAAUACGUGAACUCUGGCACCGUGACACUGCUGUCCUUCUCUGUUGAGUCUGAGUUCACCUUCGUUGACUACAUCCGGGGCGGGACACAGCUGAAUUUCACCGUUGCCAUUGACUUCACGGCCUCCAACGGGAUGCCGUCGCAGCCCACUUCGUUGCACUACGCCAGCCCCUACCAGCUGAGUGCCUACGCCCUGGCACUGAAGGCAGUGGGGGAAAUCAUCCAGGACUAUGACAGCGACAAGCUCUUUCCUGCCUACGGCUUUGGUGCCAAAGUCCCACCUGAUGGCAAGAUCUCCCACCAGUUUCCUCUGAACAACAAUGUGGACAAUCCCAGCUGUGCUGGCAUCGAGGGUGUGCUGGAGUCCUACCUCCAGAGCCUGCGCACCGUCCAACUCUAUGGUCCCACCAACUUCGCCCCUGUCAUCAACCAGGUGGCUGGGACGGCUGCCCAGGUGACUGAUGGCUCACAGUAUCACGUCCUCCUCAUCAUCACUGACGGUGUCAUCUCUGACAUGCUGCAGACCAAGGAGGCCAUCGUCACUGCUUCUGCCUUGCCCAUGUCCAUCAUCAUUGUGGGAGUCGGUCCAGCUGAGUUUGAGGCCAUGGAGGAGCUGGACGGUGAUGAUGUACGGGUGUCUUCCCGCGGCCGCUACGCUGAGAGGGACAUUGUACAGUUUGUGCCAUUUCGGGAUUAUGUGGAUGACUCGGGAAACCAGGUGCUGAGCAUGGCCCGCCUGGCCAAGGACGUGCUGGCUGAGAUCCCUGAGCAGCUGCUCUCCUAUAUGAAGACCCGUGACAUCAAGCCUCGCCGGGCAGACCCUCAGUAGUGGACCUCCAGUAGCUCCUCCAUGGG